CGCUCGGAUAAGGAUUUUGGCCUCUCCUGAUCCCUUUGGUUUUGGCCAAAUGAUUAUGUUUCAUUUUGGGAAGAUUUCUUUGGGUAUUUUGAUAUUUGUCCUGAUAGAAGAAAACCUUCCAUCGUUAACAGCACAAACCUACCUUCCUUUAGAAGAAACCCAAGCACCCAAGAGCGCCCUUUCUCUUCUCCUGACCGACUCCGAGCCUGCAGGCCGGCCUCCGGCGGGUGGAGAGAAGCGACGGCCGGGCCUCGGGGGCGCAGAGGGGCGGCGGUGGCUCCGGAGGCGGCGAUCUCCUCUCCGGCCCGAUGGGGUCAAAGUCUGCCCGGGGGAGAGCGUCCCCGAGGCUGUGGCAGACCAUGUGAAGUACUUUCAAGUCCGAGUGUGUCAAGAGGCUGUCUGGGAAGCCUUCAGGACCUUUUGGGAUCGACUUCCUGGGCGUGAGGAAUAUCGUUACUGGAUGAACUUGUGUGAGGAUGGAAUCACAACUGUAUUUGAAAUGGGCACAAAUUUUAGUCAGUCUGUGGAACACAGAAGCUUAGUUAUGAAGAAACUGGCAUACACAAAGGAAACUGUAAGUGGCCCUGAAUUGACAUCUCUAGCUCCUGUUGGUGAUACCUCAACAUUGGGAGGUGCUGCCCUCAGUGUUCCAUAUCCUGGGGUGACCUCCUAUGCAGGUACCUCAGAGAGCAGCUUGGAGAGGCCGGAGGAGAGUAUUAGCAAUGAAAUUGAGACUGUGAUAGAAGAAUCCACAAAACCAGCAGCUGAGCAGAUUGCAGAAUUCAGUAUCCACCUUUUGGGGGAGCAGUACAGAGAAGAACUACAGGAUCCCUCUAGCUUCCACCACCAGAGCCUUGUGCAAGAGUUUAUUUCAGAGGUUGAAAAUGCAUUUACUGGGUUACCGGGCUACAAGGACCUCCGUGUACUUGGCUUCAGGUCCCCCAAGGAAAAUGGCAGUGGCAUAGAUGUUCACUAUGCAGUUACCUUCAACGGGGAGGCCAUCAGCAAUACCACCUGGGACCUAAUCAGCCUUCACUCCAACAAGGUGGAAAACCAUGGUCUUGUGGAACUGGAUGAUAAGCCCACUGCUGUUUAUACAAUUAGUAACUUCAGAGAUUAUAUUGCUGAGACACUGCAUCAAAAUUUUUUGCUGGGGAAUUCCUCUUUGAAUCCAGAUCCCGACACUCUUCAGCUUAUCAAUGUGAGAGAAGUUUUACUUCCCCAAACUGAAGACCUGGUUUCGAACACCCAAAGUGCAAGUCUUCCAGCAACCCCACCAUCUAUUCUGGAUAAUACCCUUCAAGCUGAAUGGCCCUCAGCAGAUGAAUCCACCACCAGCAGUAUUUCACCACUUGAUUUCAGCUCUGGUCCUCCCUCAACCAUUGGCAGGGAACUCUGGUCAGGGAGACCUUUGGGUGAUUUAGUGUCUACACCCCAAUUAGCCUUUCCCUCGAAGGUGGGCCUCAGUUCUACCCCAGAGGUUUUAGAGGUUAGCAGCUUGACUCUGCAUUCUAUCACCCCAGCAGUGCUUCAGACUGGCUUGCCUGUGGCUUCUGAGGAAAGGACUUCUGGAUCUCACUUAUUAGAAGAUGGAUUAACCAAAGUUGAAGGGUCAGAAGAUUUUCUUUCUAUUGAUCCAUUGCCUUCAAGUCCAUUCACCCAUCCUGUGCCAAAAGAAACAAUACCAUCUGUGGAAGACCCUGGGGUGUCGUUGACAUCAUCGCCAGAUCUGGUCUCCUCUGUCACAUUAGAUCUUCUUACUCAGGAAGUAACUACACCUUUUGGCUUGGACUCUUUGGCCUCCAAAGUUAAAGGCCAUUUAGAAGUGAGCGCUUUGAUGCCAGACACAUCCAUGGAAAAAGAGUUCAUAUUUGAGAGUGGCUUAGGUUCAGGGUCUGGGGAAAAGGUGAGUCUGAUUACUUGGCCAUGGAGCGAUACUUCAUUAGAGAAGAGCACUGAACUACUGUCAAAAUCAUGGCUGGAAGAUGAGGGUUCACUUUUGCCAACUGAGGGUGUAGAUGAGCAACUAGUUAUAGAUGACCAAAUAGAUUCUACAGACCGAAGCAUUGAGUACUCAAAAUAUGGGCAUUUUGAUAGAUCCACAUACUUUGCAGAGGAAGAGCCCCUUGACAGACCUACUGUGCCCAUCUUUUCAGAGACCACAACCCAAUCUGCAUCUCUAAUUCUCUCCAAGUACGCACCAGAGGUACCUGACAUUGGUUAUUACUCAGUUACCAAAGCAGCUCCUCUACUGACAUCUACAGCAAUCUCUGCUUCUACUGAUAAACCAGAUCAAGUAGAACCCUUACUAAAGCAGGAUAUGGAACGAACUACAGAGUCAUCUCAUCGUGAACAGUUUGAUAGCAAAAUUUCAACACUGAAGCCUGAUGCGCAACCUUUGUGGACCAUGAUGCCAGAAUCAGAUGUCAUUUGGGCAGAAACUUCCUCCUUAGGGACAUUGUCUGGAGACACAUUGGCAAGUACACCAGAGAGCAUUGACAAGCUCUGGUUGAAAGCUUCCAUGACACAGUCUACCACUAGCCCCACCCUGAUGGAGGGUGAAGUAAUUAUGGGCGUACAGGAUAUUUCGUUAGAACUGGACAGGAUAGGCACAGAUUACUAUCAGCCUGAGCUAAUCCCAGAGGAAAAUGGCAAGGUUGGUAGUUAUGUGGAAAUGUCUACAAGUGUUCACUCCACAGAGAUGGCUAUUGUGGCUCGGCCCACAAAAAGAGGUGACUCAAAUCAUACGCAGACCACAGGAGCAUUGCUGGUUUUCUUUAGCCUUCGAGUGACUAACAUGAUGUUUUCAGAAGAUCUGUUUAAUAAAAACUCUGUAGAGUAUAAAGCCCUGGAGCAAAGAUUCUUAGAAUUGCUGGUUCCCUAUCUCCAGUCAAAUCUCACAGGAUUCCAGAAUUUAGAAAUCCUGAACUUCAGAAAUGGCAGUAUUGUGGUGAACAGCAGAAUGAAGUUCACCAAGUCUGUCCCUCCUAAUGUCAACAGUGCUGUAUACAUGAUUCUGGAAGACUUUUGCACCACUGCCUACCAAACCAUGAACUUGGCUAUUGAUAAAUACUCCCUUGAUGUGGAAUCAGGUGAUCAAGCCAACCCUUGCAAGUUUCAGGCAUGCAAUGAAUUCUCUGAGUGUUUGGUCAAUCCCUGGAGUGGAGAAGCAGAGUGCAGAUGCUACCCUGGGUACCUGAGUGUGGAGGAGCUGCCCUGUCAGAGUCUCUGUGACCUACGGCCUGACUUCUGCUUCAAUGAUGGGAAGUGUGACAUUAUGCCUGGACAUGGGGCCAUUUGUAGGUGCCGGGUGGGUGAGAACUGGUGGUACCGAGGGGAGCACUGUGAGGAGUUUGUGUCCGAGCCCUUGGUGAUAGGCAUCACCAUCGCCUCUGUGGCUGGACUUCUCGUCUCUUCUGCCGUCAUCUUCUUCCUCAUCAGGACUCUUCAAGCUCGGAAUGCUAGGAGAAAAAGAGAGAGGCCCUUUAGUGGCUCCAGCAGGCAGCCUGCUAGCCGCUCACCCAUGGAAGAUGCUGUAAAGUACAACCCAGCGUGUGAAAGCCAUAUGGGGGGAAUCCAGCAGUUUGAGGGACCCUCUCCUCGUCCCUUCUACAGUGCUGCACAAGGAGAGGCGAUUGGUGGUCUGAGCAGGGAAGAAAUCAGACAGGUGUAUGAGAACAGUGGGCUUUCCAGAGAGGAAAUUCAAGAAAGAAUGAGAAUUUUGGAACUGUAUGCCAGUGAUCCUGAGUUUGCAGCUUUUGUGAGAGAACAUCAAAUGUAA